AUGGAUAAAAUAGUUUUUGUAGCUUUUGCCACGUUUAGCUGCAUUUUAUUUGCAUCAGCUAUUGAAAUUGAUACUUAUGAUUUUCUGAUGCCCAACGUUUGGCCACACAAGGAUGAACUGUACCUAUGCACGCCCAUCAGGAUCUCGCCACACAGCAACUAUUACCUAGUGGGAUUUGAACCGAAUGCGACGAUGCACACUGCUCAUCAUAUGCUGCUGUAUGGAUGCUCAGAGCCAGGAUCGAAUGAGUCUGUUUGGAACUGUGGUGAGAUGCAGACAAACGAUAUCGAUGCGUUGUACAAUACUGCUAGUCCAUGCCGUUCCGGAUCUCAAGUUGUUUACGCGUGGGCUCGUGAUGCACCAAGCCUGCACCUGCCAAAGGACGUCGGUUUCCUCAUCGGCAAGGAUUCACCCAUUAAGUACUUAGUACUCCAAGUCCAUUACAUGCACCGUUUCCCUGAGGACAAAACCGACAACUCUGGAGUUUUCCUGAAAUACACAAAACAAAGCAUGCCCCGUCAAGCCGGAGUGUUCUUACUGGGCACAGGUGGCGUGAUCCCACCGCGCAAAGUAGAACGCAUGGAGACUGCCUGCACCAUCACUGAGAACAAGGUCAUACAUCCUUUCGCGUUCCGUACUCACACACAUUCUCUUGGCGUACAAGUAACUGGCUACGUGGUCCGACAGGAUGAGGUUGGAGACGUAUGGACGUUACUUGGUCGUAAGGACCCACAGCUACCACAGAUGUUCUAUCCCGUUGCCAGUACACGGCCCAUCGAACGAGAUGAUGUACUGGCCGCUAGGUGCAUUAUGAACAAUACACAUGAUUACGCUGUGAAGAUUGGAGCCACAAACAAAGAUGAGAUGUGCAACUUAUACCUCAUGUACUGGGUGGAAAAUGACAGUCCACUGAAACAAAAGUACUGCUUUUCUGCCGGCCCUCCCCACUACUACUGGAACCGUGCUCGUGAAAAUCUCGUCAACAUACCAGCUAUCGACGUCUAA